CUUAAAUACCUAUCAUUAUCAAAUAUUGCCAGUUAGUAUUUGCAGAAAGAGAAAAAUAAUUUGUAAUCAUGAAAAUAAUAAUAUUUUUUGGGUUAGUUAUGAUAGCAGGAAAAGUUGUUUCUACAGAUGAAUUCGACCUAGUAAUGCAAAAAUCAAAGGAAUGUGAAGAAGAAUUAGGAGGUCCUAAAGAUCUAAUUAACAAAAUGGACAAAGGUGAGGAUGUUGGAGAUGAAACUAAAGCAGGUAAAAUGGCCCUCUGCAUUAAUGGAAAACUGGGUCACAUGAAUAAAAAAGGAGAAAAUAUUCCUGACAAAUUGAAAAACCAUGUGAAUAAACUUACUGAAGAUAAAAAACUGCGUAAACAGGUUAUUGAAGAAUGUGGACCUAAAAACGGUAAAACUGCACCUGAAGCAGCUUUAAAUUUCGUAAAAUGUAUGGUGAAAAAUUUCAAAUAAUUAAGUAUUUGAACUUAAAAAAUACUAAAAGUAUUUAUUAAAUUAGAGUGAAAUAAAAGAAUCCGGGAAUAUAUUUGUUUUUUAUUUAUUAAAUAUUAUCAUAUGAAAAAAAG